UUUCAAACUUCAGGUACUGCAAUUAUAAUAUUUCAGAAUGUUUCCCAAGGAAGACAACAGAGCGAAGUGUUUUCAGGUUUGGAAGUUUAUCAAUAUUGCGGUGAUAAUACUAGUCCUUGUAACUUGAGGGGUUAUAAAUUACAACUCUGAUGCCUGACUCCGUAUAUCCUGAGUUGCAACUAUUUUUGGUCAUCACCUAGUUUUUGCAGUCCCAAGCAUUAUAUUUCAUAUUCUGGAAAGACGUUUUAAUAUUUUCUCAUGUUUGAGAGCGAACACUACUUUUAUAUGUUUGGCUUCUCUAUUCUAUUUAUGAGUGAUGAUAUGGACCCUUAUAACUUACAUAAAAAUUAACACCACCGAAGAUGAAGAUACCCAAGAAGUUCUAUCACUUCUCCUAUUCCAUGAUCUAAUUCCCGGAUGCAUAAUAGCAACUCCCUUCUUAAUAAUUGCUUCAUUCUACAUCGACGAAAAUCCUAUCCAAACAGAACACGACAUCGAAUCCGAUAUGGAAAUGCCUGUAAUACAUCCCUCCCACUUAGCUCUCGCCAUCACAUUGAGUCACCAGAAUCGUGUAUUCUAACCCCUUCCAUCAUAACAAAUAUCUCUUCUGACAUCUUAAAUAACUCAAAAAUAUCUCA